GAAAAAUAAAAUGAAGGAGGACAUCAUGUCACGAGUCCUUGCGUUAUUUUUCCAAAAUCCCAGAUUAUUUUCCCAAAACAAAGUCUCUUUCAUUACUACUAUCUUCUUUUCAUUUCCAAAAUCUCUGUUUCAUUUCCAGUGUCUCUCCCUUGGUAAGCAGAAACCCUAAACCGAUUGUGGUGGAUUUUGAUUUCGUGUUAGGAUUUGUGUCUUCUUCGAAUCUCAUCAAGUACUCUAGAUGGUCAAGGUAACGAAUCUCACCGUCUGAAGGUAAUUAUCUGCUGGCCACGGAGACUAACCUGAAUAGGCGUCGUUCCUCCCAAACUUCCCGAAAAAGGUGCUUCCGGUCAAUGCUGUGCAGUGCAAGACCAUUGCAGGUGGAGGAGGAGGAGGACAUGUUCUGGAUACAGAGCUGUGGAAAGAAAUAGUGGGGCCACUGGUUGAAGUUCUGCAAGCUAGAGAACUGAGUGUUGUAUUUUCCACAAGGGCACAUGGAACAAGCAUCCACAAAUCAGGAGCUGAAUCAAAGAAUUCUGCUGUUCAAACUUCAAUCCAAGAUUCUGUGCCGUGUUAUUAACGUUCACUUGCUGGCUGAACAAGAAACUGAUGAGGUUUUUGCACAAAUAGCUUUGCUUCUUGAAGCAGAUCAAACUGAGUCAACAACAGCAGAUUCGUGUCCUCGUCAGCAUCCAAGACCUAAGCUACACUCAUUUUCCAAGGUUUUAACUGCUUCUGAUACAAGAACCCAUGGAGGCUUUUCAGUUCUCCGAAAGCAUGCCACCAAAUGCCUUCCCUACUAGUACUGAUUUUAAGGUUCUUUAUCAUUUGAGUCCUGCUUUCUGCAUGCUGUUUGUUUGUUAGCUUAUUGCCAUGUAAUGAAUGAAUAUAUUUGAAUCUAGAAUUAAAUAGUUUAGAAUACUUGAAAAUAGAGUAUACAUGGCUAAAAAAAAGUGAUUUUACGC